AUGAUUCUCGGACCGAUCAGUCUGAUCGACUGCGCCGUCUUCGUCUUCUUCCUCAUUCCCCAAGUUCUAUACCAAGCCGGACUCGGGCUGACACUCCUCACGGUGAUCAAAGUCUUGCCAUUCCUCAUCCUCCAGCUACCGUACCAGUUCAUCCAAGAGCACUACUUCAUGGGAAGAGACGAGCAGUCCCCGUUCGUGCAGCGCGCCACCGUCUUCCAGGACAUCGUGAUCCGCUGUGUCCGGUACGCAUUUGCGCACAUGCCCGCCAAGAUCGGCCGGGUUUUCUUCUCCAAACAGGUGGCGUACCCUUUUUUCCGCUUUCGCUUGUUGAGGCAUGGGUAUCGGUCCUCGCCUGUCAGCGUGGAGGAGGUGCAUAAGAACGGCAUCCGGGGUCUCUGGAUUGCGGGUAGUGAGUCGGCGGAGAAGCCGGAUGUGGUGGUUUAUUACUGUCAUGGUGGCGGUUUCUCAAUGGGCUCCGCGUACUUCUAUCUCGAGUUUCUGAUUGCGUGGAUGACUCGACUGAGGGAGCGCGGGUUCAAGAACCCGGCCGUCUUCGCUCUCGAAUACACCCUCGUGCCCGACGCCGUCUGGCCCCAACAAUUCGUCGAGACCUACGCUGGCUACAAGCUCCUGAUGGAUUACAUGGGCGACGCGUCCCGGAUCUGCGUGAGCGGCGAUUCUGCCGGUGCCACCCUCAUCCUCAGCCGACUCCUCCAUCACGGCAGCUAUGAUGAAGAGCCCGUCGUCUACAAAACCCGCAAGCCCGCUCUCGCGGUGCUGAUCUCCCCGUGGACCCAUCUCAUCUCACCCCUCAACCGAAACACGGCCAGUGACUACCUCGAUGCCAACGCCUUAGAGCUCUACGGCGCGCAAUACCUAGGCGCCGAAUCAGCCAGGAAUGCCCUCAUCUCCCCCGGUCUGACGGAGGGGAGAUGGAAACUCGCCAGCCCGACCAUGGGGUAUUGCAUCGUUUACGGCGCAGAAGAGGUUUUCGCGCCAGCGAUCGGGGAGACGAUGCGGCACAUGAAGAAUGAUGGUGCGACAGUUGAGACUAGAUGCGAGCCCGGCGGGAUCCAUGCUUGGCCGGUGGUUAAUUUGUUUUUGGGCAGUAGUAGGGAAGAGAGGUUGAAGGGUCUGGAUCAGCUUGUGGAGAUGGUAGUUGAGAGGAUGGGAGUGGGAGGAGGCGUGCAAGAACAGGUGAGUGAAACACCGAAACAGAAGAAGAACAUGACGAGGAAGGACGAUGCGGGCGAGGAGGCGUACCUCUCACCGAAGACGACUUGGCCUGAGAAGUGGAAAAACCCGGAGUCAUACACUGGGUAG